AUGUAUCCGCUGGUAUACCCUUCGGAAAUCCAAUAUCGCCCUGGACGGAUUCAAAGUCUUAAUGCAACCCAGGAGGUAGCGCUCAAGCAGUGCUGGGCCACCUUGUUGAAGCUGUGGGGCUACGACAUCUCAUUGACCAACGAUGACAUCUCCCUACCUGAUCUGUUUGUCCUGCUGUCAAUCGUGGAGAAGGCAGAUCAGCCUUCUUUGGCUGCAUCGACCACCAUGUACUCUGAAGCUGGCUCUUUGGGCUCUGCUCCAUCAGGAUCGUUGACGCUUCAAACCACCACCACAGCUCUGAGUGAAAAGAAAAAGAAGAAGAGCAAAUGGGGUCUUUUUCGCAGCAAAUCUCUGGCUCCCAAACAAGUGCUGCCUGGUCGGAAACUGGCGUUGGAAAACGGGUACUUGGAAAAGUAUUCCUUUGUGAGCAAGCCAUCGGACCACACCAGACACGUUUACUGCAACCACCACCACCUAGCAUAUGACGAGAAGAAAGAUCCGCUUGAAGAAGAGGGCUACGACGAUGAAUCCACCUUGGAAAAAGAAUCCCUCAGUUCGCUAGAGACUUUCCAUACUGCCCACUCCUCACCUGACCAUCAUCGCCAUCAUCACGUUCGUCCAAAGAAGAGUUUCCUGCUUAAAUCAGUCAAAUCCAGUUGCAAUGUCCAUCCAGCCGUCAGCAAAGUCAAACCAAAGGUCGUUCAUGCUGGCAUUGCUAGCAUGGUGAAGAAUGGUCUUCUAGAUAACAUGAUCCUUCGAUUCUGCAGAGCACGUAAGUUCAACCAUGAUGAUACCGUGCAAAUGCUUGUUAAGUCUGUUGUUUGGAAGCAAACCGAAUAUCCGGCUGAGAAAUGGGUACGUGAAUCAGACGGCCCAUCUUACUUUAGUGGCGAGAAUAAGGGGUUCAUCAAAAACCUCACCACAGGCAAGUCUUUUAUUCGAGGCCAUGACAGGUAUGGAAAUCCGCUUUUCGUCUUUCAAUCACGCAAGCAUUUCGCCCAUGACUCGCCCUUACCCGAGACUGAACGGUUUGCCACGGUUUUGAUUGAGUGGUGCCGUCUCUUCUCCAGAGAAGUGCAUGAUUCCGUCGAUGCGUUUACAGUGAUCUUUGACUUGACGGGCUUCUCUUUGAAGAACGCCGAUAACGCCCCUAUUAAGUUCUUGGCCUUCAUGUUUGAAGCCCACUACCCUGAGACGCUUGGGUUCAUCAUUGUGCAUAAUGCUCCAUGGAUCUUCUCCACGGUGUGGAACGUCAUUAAGAACUGGCUAGACCCAGCAGUUGUGUCCAAGAUCCAUUUCACCAAGGGCUACGAUGAGUUGGUGAACCUUAUAGAUCCAGAGCAUAUACCGUCAUACCUUGGAGGCGAUGAUACAGAUGAAGUGCCAUACCCUGUGCCCACUGCUGCCGAUUUGAGACCACCCAAGAGAAAAGACCUCAGAUACAAGCGUCUCCGACAACAAAGAGAUGAACUUUUCAUGCGUUUCAUUGAUGUGACUAGGAAAUGGUGUGAGAGUACAGACCCCGACAUGAGUUCGAGGUACUUAAGAGAUAAGAUUUUGAUCAAUUACCAGCUAUCAGAUAACUACAUUGAGCUUGACCCAUACAUUCGGAACCCAGGCAUGUACGAUAGGCUUGGUACUCUAGUUGUGAGGAACUAG